GGAGGAGGCAGCAGAGGCAGAGCCGCCGCGCCACAGACACGGUUCACAUUUCCAGAGGAGACCGACUCUCGUCCCCCCCCACCUCCCACGUUUUCUGAGGAGCUUGGGUAACAAAACAAGCGGAGCAGGACUCUCCGGGAUAGAUUAUCAGAUUAUUCCAAGGACUUGGUUUACUCUUUGUUAUUCCGGACGUCACCUUACACACAGAGCUGCCAGGGCUGAAGUUAUUUACAGCAGCAUAACCGGAGAUUUUAGAAGAUGGGUUCAGUCCCAGCGUUAUCGGUCCUUAUUUUGGGCAUCGUGGUUCCAGCGCUGUCCGGGUAUAUUGAGGCACUAGCAGCCAAUGCAGGCACAGGGUUUGCUGUGGCCGAGCCACAGGUGGCGAUGUUCUGUGGGAAGCUCAACAUGCAUGUUAACAUUCAGACCGGCCGCUGGGAACCCGAUCCAUCCGGAACCAAAAGCUGCAUAGGAACCAAAGACGGUGUGCUGCAGUACUGCCAGGAGAUGUAUCCCGAGCUCCAAAUCACAAAUGUUGUGGAAGCCAACCAGCCGAUUCGUAUUGAGAACUGGUGCAAGAAGGAGAAGAAAGUGUGUAAAGGGCACGCCCACAUUGUGGUGCCUUACAAAUGCUUAGUGGGCGAGUUCGUGAGUGAUGUGCUUCUGGUUCCAAAGAACUGCAAGUUCUUCCACAAGGAGCGUAUGGACAUGUGUGUCAGCCAUCAGCAGUGGCACGGUGUGGCCAAAGAGGCCUGUGCCAAGAGUUCCAUGGUGCUGCAAAACUAUGGCAUGUUGCUGCCCUGUGGCAUUGACAAGUUCCACGGCACAGAGUUCGUGUGCUGCCCCUCCUCUCACACCGGGGAGUCUGCCCCGCCUUCCCUGCCUUCCCAGGAGGAUGAGGAUGAUGAAGAGGAAGAGGUAGAGGAUGAGGAGACUGAUGAGACCGACCUGGACGAGGAGGACGCUGCAGAGGACAGUGCAACACCAGCUGACGAACAGCCCACACAGAAGGUGGAGCCAGUGGAUGAGGACGAAGAGGAGGAGGAAGAUGAGGAAGAUUACCAUUAUGUCUAUGAGGAUGAGGAAGCAGAUAGGGAGGAUGAGGAUGAGAAGAAAGAGAGUGGGAAAAUGGCACAGAGCCCAGAUGAGGAUAAAAAUCUGCAGGAAGUGAAAGCGGUGUGCACCCUAGAGGCUGAGACCGGCCCCUGUCGUGCCUCCAUGCCCCGUUGGCACUUCGACAUGAGCCAGAAGAAGUGUGUGCGCUUCAUAUAUGGGGGCUGCGCUGGCAACCGCAACAAUUUCGAUUCAGAGGAGUACUGCAUGGCUGUGUGCAAGCGCCUGACCAUUCCCCCGACUCCUCAACCCACCGAUGAUGUGGACAUCUACUUUGAGACCCCGGCUGAUGACAAGGAGCACAGCCGCUUCCAGAAGGCUAAAGAGCAGCUGGAGAUCAGGCACCGCAACCGCAUGGAGAGGGUAAGAAAGGAAUGGGAAGAGGCUGAUCGCCAGGCUAAAAACCUGCCCAAGGCUGAGAGGCAGACUCUGAUCCAGCACUUCCAAGCGAUGGUGGAAUCCCUAGAAGAGGAGGCAGCCAGUGAGAAGCAGCAGCUGGUGGAGACUCACCUCGCCCGGGUGGAAGCCAUGCUGAAUGACCGGCGCCGUCUGGCCCUGGAGAACUACCUGGCUGCCCUGCAGGCUGACCCUCCCAAGCCCCACCGCAUCCUGCAAGCCCUGAGGCGCUACGUCCGUGCUGAGAACAAGGACCGCCAGCACACCAUCCGCCACUACCAGCACGUCCUGGCUGUGGAUCCUGAAAAGGCUGCUCAGAUGAAGUCACAGGUGAUGACCCACCUGCGUGUGAUUGAAGAGAGGAUGAACCAGAGUCUGUCUCUGCUCUACAAAGUACCUUAUGUGGCUGAGGAGAUUCAGGAUGAAAUUGAUGAGCUACUCCAGGAGCAGAAAGCUGACAUGGACCAGUUCCUGUCGUCUAUCUCGGAGUCCCAGCCAGAUGUCACCGUGUCAUCAGAGGAGAGCGUGGAAGUCCCCGUGUCUGAGGGCAAGCCUUACCGGCCCUUCCAGGUCACAUCCCUGGGGUCCCAUGCAGAGCCAGAGGGCGAUCUUUCAGACUCCCCACGUGCCUUCAAGAAAGGCUCUGCCAUGGCUGGUCUAGACGGUCUGAUAGGUGCUGAGGAGAGAAUCAUCAACAGCAAACCUAAGAUCAGCGACAACGUGGUGAUUGAUGAGUCUCUGGAUGUUAAAGAAGUGGUUUACAGUGCAGAGAGAGUCAGCGUUAUGCAUGAUGAUGAGCUGGAGUCCUACCGGCCCCUGGGAGAGGACUUCAGCUUCGGGAGCAGCGCACUGAUUGGCUUGCUUGUGAUUGCAGUGGCCAUAGCAACCGUGAUUGUGAUCAGUCUGGUGCUUUUAAGGAAGAGGCAAUAUGGCACCAUCAGUCAUGGAAUUGUGGAGGUUGACCCCAUGCUGACACCAGAGGAACGCCACCUCAACAAGAUGCAGAACCAUGGCUACGAGAACCCCACCUACAAAUACCUGGAGCAGAUGCAGAUUUAACCGGAGCUUAAAGGAGCACUGAGGAGUCUGACAGAGGACGGCAACUGAGGGGGAACAUACUACUGACCAAUAACACAUGAUGCUAUUGUUGAAAAUCCUUUGCAUACAUCCAAAACUCCAUUUACUGGUUUGUUCAAACAAUCCUUAAGUAAUGCUACUACUUCUACUACUGCUCCUGUUGUACUAUAGAGCUCUUUUUGAUCAUGUUUCUUUUGAAAGGGUGAUGUAUCUGCCAUAUAUGGAAAACGUGAUUCUGCAGAUUUCUCUGUAAUUAUCAACACAGGUAUCUCAGAUCAAGAUGUAGAACAUCUCUUCAAACUUUGAAAGUGAUUGGCAAAUCAAGCAAAGUGUAACGUAUUUGAGUAGCCAUCAUCAAACCGGCAUACCAGUCACUACACUUUAGUUUUCCAUCAUGCAAGUGUCAUCCAUGCAGUUUCUGAUGAUCCUGUCAAAACAAACUGGUGUUAAAUUUUUUUUUCUCCUCUCAAUAGAUCGCUUGUAUAUGAAGGUUCUUUGUACCAAUUAAAAUGUAUAGUGAGACAACAAAUGAGAAAAAAUUAAAUCAUGUAAUAUUUUCUUUGUUCUUUGUUAUGAUACCAGACAAAAUAUACAUAUACAGUUUAAAUAUAUAUAAAAGAGUAGAUGUUUUUAUUCCACCUUUUUUUCCAUGCAAGAAGCUCUGAGUCGGUUUAGGGUUCUUAGCUUGGUGCACGCAAGUUGUGGUUACAGGCACGCUAUUAGAAAGUGUCAGGGAAGGUGAAGGUGUGCACAGGCCCCCAGCUCAAAGGGAAACAGUAUAAAUCAAUAGAUUAAAUAAUACCUAUUGACAGGCACAUAGUAUAGAAAUGUAUUGUGGAAGUUUUUUCUUCUGUGCUAUGUACCUGAUGUGUUCCUCUGCAGCUUUUUGAGAUAGUGUCCGAUGACAUGCCACAAGUGUAGAACAGCCUGAUAGAUCAAAACAGGGCUGGGCAGAGGCACAAACAGAAGCUUAGGGCCAAUUGGGCACCAGGGAACCCCCAAAUUAAGUAGUAAUGUGCACAGCAUGGUGGCAUUGCUAUAGCUAAUAAAUGGGACUGACAAACAAUGGGAAAAGUUAUUUCUGAACCUGAAUAUACCAAAUUUGAGGACUGUAGCAAAUACUUUUGGGUCUCUGGGUUUUGGGUACCCAGGAUAGUUUGUGCCGGCCCUGGAUCAAAAUCACUUGAAGAGAACCUGGAGCUGGAUGACUGUGCAGGGAGACAGAGACACCAGACAGACAAGGCUCGGAGAGGUGGUUUCUGGGGGAGGGGAUAAAAGCGAGCUUGUGUGUUUUUACAGGCAGAGAAUGACACAAACAAGCAAAUUGAAUCCUAGAUUCCUCUUUUCUCUCUCUCUCUUAGUAUUGUGUUUGUAUGCCUGUAUAGUUGAUGUUGCAAUCAUGGCUUUUUUGCAGAGGAUUACCUGUGGUGUGCAUUGUUCUUAUAUGAAAUGAUAUGAUAUAUAUUUUUAAGUUUGUUUUCUAUUUUUUCUCUUCCUGUGACAGUAUCUCUGUAUGUGACUGUCUCACUAUGCACCCAAACGGCUUCAGUUGUGUAACGGCCUGCUUGAUUGUGGGAGGAGACUGGGAACUAAUAUAAUAUGCAUAUUAGAGAUUUUUAAAAACUGAUCGACAUUAGCAGAAACAGACUGAUGGUUACAGUGAGGGUACACAUCAAUAAAAUCACAACUUCCAUA